GGUACGAAAUUCCUGGGUGCCUACCUGCCUAUGGCAGCCUAGAAUACUCCAGGGCAGGCUCGCAAAAUCUUCACCUAGCCUCUGGGACAGCACGCUACAGGAACAGAAGGGGGAACUCUGUAAGCGUCUUUCUUACACAACCCACAAACUGGAAAUGCUUGAAACUGAAUUUGAUUCUACACGUCAAUAUCUUGAAGUAGAACUGAGACGCGCUCAGGAAGAACUAGAAAAAGUGACCGAAAAGCUGAGACGGAUACAAAACAACUACCUAGCCUUACAAAGAAUUAAUCAAGACCUAGAAGAUAAAUUAUACAGAAUGGCUCAACACUAUGAAGAAGAAAAAAGAGCAUUAAGCCACGAAAUAAUAGCCCUCAAUAACCAUUUGAUAGAAGCCAAGGUGACAAUCGAUAAAUUAUCAGAAGAUAAUGAGCUCUAUAGAAAGGAUUGCAAUUUAGCUGCUCAGCUGCUCCAGUGUAGCAAGAAUUACGACAGGGCGCAUAAGCUUUCUGAGCUGCCAGCUGAAUUUCAGGAACGUGUCAGCCUCCACCUAGAAAAGCAUGGAUGCAGCCUCUCGGUACCUCUGUGUCAUACAUCAUUUGCCGAUAACAUACCAACUUGUGUCAUUGCAAAAGUCCUGGAAAAGCCUGAUCCAAACAAUCUUUCUCCCCACAUGUCAAGCCCAUCAAGCAGAGAUCUUGCCUUCCAGGAAUCUCUUGGAAAACUUGGCCAAAGACCUCAGUACAAGUCCGAAAUUUACUGCAGUGAUACAGCUCUUUAUUGCCCUGAGGAGAGAAGGCGGGAGAGAAGACAGAGUGUAGACAUGCAAGUCAAGGGCGUUGGGUUCUUGAGGUCCCAGAAUUCCACUGACAGCACAGUUGAAGAAGACGGCUUCCAUUCCAGCUUCUCUCAUGAAGCUUUCCCAGAAUAUGUUACCUCUCUACCUACUUCUAGUUCCUACUCCAGCUUUAGUGUAACGUCUGAGGAGAAGGAGAAUGCCCAAGCUAGCACUUUGACAGCCUCCCAGCAAGCCAUUUACCUGAGCAGCCGCGACGAGAUGUUUGAAAGAAAGCCAUCUUCAGGUUAUGAGCAGGGGAGUCCAAGGUUCGCCAAGGCUAAAUCUAUUCAGCACAUGGAGCUGGCAGAUGACAAUGAGAACUCCCCUACUUUCACUAGGACUAUGUCCCCUUAUGCAAGUGAGCCUUAUCAUUUCUCGGCCAUAACAACUCAACAAGCUUUAGCAUCACAGAAGAUGCGCAGUGAAAGCAGGAACUCCCACUUGUCAGAAGAAGAUCUACCUGGACAGUGGAGACAGCUUAGUGUGGAAGAUAUUGGUGCAUAUUCUUACAGGAACAGUGGCAGGCUUUCUCCCUGCAGCUUUUCAGAGCAGUAUUACAGAAGUCCUAUAAAGAAAGGAGACAGUCGAUCAAGUCCCAUUUAUGCUAGUUAUAAAGGUGAUAGCUUCUCAGAGGGAGAUGAUAUUUGUCAAAGUAGACUUGUGGACUCCUGCUUCCUGAGGACAGACAGCGGUCUGAAUAUUGACAUAAGCACCAGUUGUAAGCAGGACAAAUUGCCCUCUUAUAAAACAAAAGAACUGAGGGACAAAAAAAGUGAAAGAAUCACAGUCCAGGUGUGCAGUAGCAAAAGCAUUGAUGGGAGUCCUGUUUUGAAAAGAGAAUAUGUUGAUGUUAGUCCAAACAGUUCAGCUGAGUCCCUCAACCAUAGUUCUAUGGAGGCUUCAGAGAUCCAUCAGUCUUCCAUCGAGCAAGGAAGCCAUUCAAGUCUCCAUAGCAAGCAGCAGCAGCAGUUUCAACGGACUGGAAGUACAGGCUUAAGUAGAAAGGACAGCCUCACAAAAGCACAAUUGUAUGGAACCCUCCUUAAUUGAAACAUCUUCCAAAGCUGCAAUAAAGAGAUAGAGAGAAUGAGACAGAACAGCAACUAUGAUGACAU